AUGAAGCCAGCCAUGGAAACUGCAGCGGAGGAAAAUGCAGAACAAAGCCAAGAGAAAAAAGUGAUCACCAGACCAGAAAUGGAAAUUGGCAGGUACCACUGGAUGUACAGGAGUUCAAGGCCACACCGGUACCAUCAUGUGCCAGCAUUGAGAGGCAAUAUUAGUCCUUUGGGGAUUCAAGGUUGCUUUGAAUGUUGCAUUAAGUGCCUAGGAGGAGUGCCAUAUGCUUCGCUCGUGGCAACCAUUCUCUGCUUCUCGGGGGUAGCGUUGUUUUGUGGCUGUGGCCACGUGGCGCUCACGGGAACUGUGUCUAUCCUUGAGCAGCAUUUCUCCACGACUGCCAGCGACCAUGCUUUGCUGAGUGAAGUAAUACAGCUAAUGCAGUAUGUAAUUUAUGGCAUCGCAUCAUUUUUCUUCUUAUACGGAAUAAUCCUUUUGGCAGAAGGUUUUUAUACAACAAGUGCUGUGAAGGAGCUGCAUGGAGAGUUCAAAACAACAGCCUGUGGCCGCUGCAUCAGUGGAAUGUUUGUUUUCCUCACCUAUGUGCUUGGAGUGGCCUGGCUUGGGGUCUUUGGCUUCUCUGCUGUGCCUGUCUUUAUGUUCUAUAACAUAUGGUCAACUUGCGAAGUCAUCAAAUCUCUUCAGACAAAUGUGACAGUUCCAGGGGACCAGAUCUGCGUGGAUAUCAGGCAAUACGGUAUUAUCCCUUGGAAUGCUGUACCUGGCAAAGCCUGUGGCCCGAUUUUAGAGAACAUCUGCAACACGAAUGAGUUCUACAUGUCUUAUCACCUGUUCAUUGUGGCUUGUGCUGGAGCUGGUGCCACUGUCAUAGCAUUGAUCCACUUCCUCAUGAUACUGUCUUCUAACUGGGCCUACUUAAAGGAUGCAAGCAAAAUGCAGGCCUACCAAGAUAUCAAAGCAAAAGAAGAGCAGGAGCUUCAGGAUAUCCAGUCUCGGUCAAAAGAGCAACUCAAUUCUUACACAUAAAUGUUUGCCACAGUAAUUCAGCAGAAGAAUUCUGUAGCUCUGACAAAUCAACAAAUAGCUGCUCUGCAGUACAGGUGUGUGUCUACCAAACAAAAUUAGAGAGAAGUGCAAAAGCUUCACAUUCCAGCUCCUGGAACACAUUCGUAGGGAAAUCUUCCCGCGGGUAAUCUCCCAUCCUUUCAUACAGAGAAUGGAGGUUUUAUUCCAGGCAUUUUAAAAGGCAACACUUCACAAUAAGUGACCAAAUUAUUCUUCUUCGAGACUUUUGGUAUUUGGUAUUUGACGUGUUCUGCGGCAUGACGUCCUGCACAAAACCGUGGCAGGUGCUCCAGACCAGCAGGCAGUAGAUCUCUGUACAGACCUUAGGCAAAGGCACGUGUACGCGGUGCGAUUUAGUAUCAUCUCGGUUUAUAUACCAAACGAAACUGUGGCCGGCUAAGAUUUCUGACAGCUCGUGCUCACGUGACGGCCCGGUUGCAGCAGUUCCCGAGCUGCAACAGGGCCGUCUUUGACCACUCUUUCCCUGGGCCACAGGAACAGCGCUCCGCUUCUGUGCCACACUUCUUUUUUACGGUGAAGCAGUCACGCUCCUGUGCUCACGUGAGCCUUGAGCAGAUGUCCCACAUUUUAACCUUUUUAUUAACUAUUUAAUGGAAUGUAGAUCCCCGGAUCUGGAUAAUGAUCCCCUUUGAAAAUAAAUGUCAGCUUUGCCUUAAUAUUUAUUUUCUAUAAAUGUCUUAGCAUUUAUACAGUGGCAGGAGACCAUUAUCCUACAUUUUAAGUAAGUGAAAAGUGUUACCUUAUUAAAAUGACACCGAUCUGACUAUUCCAAAUGAGCGGAUGAGAAAGUUUGCAGAGUUUUACACAAACAAUAAAAAUUCCAGCCAUAAAACAGAAUACAGGAUGUCCACCUUUCUCUAUCUUGGUGCUUAGCAAAUUUAUAGUCAGUGCUUACGUGUUUUCCUUUUUACAAAUAAAUUAGCACAUUAAGAAAACGUGGUGUUCAGAAAAAAAAAAAACAACAAACAAACUGGUGCCAUUUUAAAGUCAUUUCCCAUAGACGUCUGCCUUCUAAUUAAUGUUUUUUUUCAGAAGCAUUCAGUGAUAUCUUGAGUAUUAGUGAUGGUAUAUUUGGUGUUUGUUCUAUAUGAUAUAUAUAUAUAUAAAUGUUGGGGGGAAAAAGUAAAAUACGUCAAGUCAUUCGAAAAAAAUUAAAUAUUCAAGUCAUACCCAUGUUAAGCUGACGUGUGGUUUGAUAGUUUUGACUGUUUGCUGAAUAUAAAUCCAAGGAAGCACACAUUUCCUCAAGUCAGUAUUAAGAGAAAAGGCAGUUCGGGGGGUGUUAACUUCAAAUAGAAUUUUUUUUGGUUAAAUAUUGAAGUCUGAUUUGACAGUGUCAAAAAAGGGGCAAAGUUGAUCAGUGUAGAGCAAAUAUGACAAAAUAGCCUAGCGUAUGUUCUUACCUGUUGCAUGAAGGAGACAUUUCUACAGCAAUGCAGGUGAUGUUCUAGCCCAGUGUUUGCAUAAGGGUAACAAUGGAGGCAGUGUCUUAAAGCCUAAUUCUUUUCUAAUUCAGUGUAGCUAUUACUGGGAGUUUUUGAAGUUUUGUUUAAGUAGUCUAAUAUUUUUAUGUAAAGAGCAUUAAAUUUUGCUAUGUAUAAAUUUUUGUAACCUAACAGUGAAUCAAUAUUUUCUAUCAGUGCCAAGGGCUUCCUGUAGUUACAUCCAAGUGUUAAAAUAAAUAUUUGUAGAUAAUAGACAACACUCGUGUACGCUUAUUUGAAAACAGACCUGACAGCUACCCUCUGCUAGCGCAUCGCUGUGCUUUAUAGUCUCUCUCUGAAGUUAAACACGUUUUGCUCAAUAGUAUCUAGCCAUUUGCUUCUGUACUGGGAAAGGAUGCCCCGUAGGCGUACGCUUCAGCAUGGUAAGUCAGCGAGCGUUUCGAGCGUGACCUACUGGUAGUUGUUCCAGGCCAGCAUAAUGCAACAAGCACUCUCCGUCCCGUUCGGGCCGUCAGACCGAAGGAGUCGCUCAGAAAUUUUGUACGUGCCAGCAUUGCUGCAACACCAGGUGAAGCGGCGUGUAAAAACCAGGCUGGCCACCACAUCGCGUUUUACCUUAAUUAAUUUCCGAAAGCAAAGUUUGCUUCUGUCCCAUUUUUGGUACAUCGUGUCUCAACACCCAAUGAAUUCACAAGACGGAGCUUUGGUUUUUGCCCCUAAAUUCUGUCAAACUUGGCUUCAUGUUCUUGUAGUUAGGUCAAGACGAGCAGCCUCAAAUGCAGUGCAAGUUGUAAUAUAUGCUGCCGCCCAAAAUUACUUCAUUGAUAAAAAAAUACUGUAUUUUAUACUGUAAAUAAAGUUUAAUGAUCUUGCCUAUAAUCUACCUACAAAAUACAAAGCUUAAAUAAAGAUGAGUUAAAUAGCA